AUGCAAGCCUAAAUUCAAUCAGAACAGGAAGAAAACAAACCAAUCAGAGGUUCCGAGGAGAACUAAAAUGAAUAAUUGAACAAACAACAAGAUCGAGUACAAUCGUCAUCAAUACCAGUUAAUGAAAAAACUAGACUGCCUCCUGAAUCUAACAUCAACUUGAAAUAGGCUGCUUUCUAGGAAGUAUCAAAUGUUUGGCCACAAUAAGCUCCUUUUGCAUUCCCAAAUAUUGUAGCAUAAUAGAUAUAAUCUGAAGUUAAUUAAGGACAAUAAUCUUCUGCUUAGCAAUCAGACAAUUAAUAAAUUAUGUCUCAUUAGAGCAUGCAAUUUGCAGAAGGUUCAAAAAUUCCAAAUCAUCUCAACUUGACUUAAACUCCAAAAAUGAGACACUCUUAACAAUUAUAAUGUAGAUGGUGCAAUCAAGCAGUAUUCUCAUAAAUUGAAAAUAAAAUCGGACUGGCCUAAUUGAUACUUUGUCUAAUAUUCUUGCCUGCCUUUGGAAUUGGUUUAAUGUUUGUAUGUUGUAAUACUUAUAAAGAUUGUUAUCAUUAUUGUUCUCAAUGUUCUGGUGAAAUGGGAGUAGUAAAAUUGAUUGAUUUUGAAUGUUGA